AUGGUCAAAAUAUGCUGCAUCGGUGCUGGAUAUGUUGGGGGGCCAACUUGUGCUGUCCUCGCAUUCAAAUGUCCAGACAUUCAAGUCACCAUUGUCGAUUUGAACCAACGUCGUAUUGAUGCAUGGAACUCAGACACUCUCCCCAUCUACGAACCCGGUCUCGAUGAUGUUGUAAAGGCUGCCAGAGGAAGAAAUCUCUUCUUCUCUACCGCCGUAGACAAGGCAAUCCAAGAAGCAGACAUGAUCUUUGUUUCGGUAAACACCCCUACAAAGAAACAAGGAAUGGGUGCUGGAAUGGCUGCUGAUCUAGAAUACGUCGAAGCAGCAACCCGUCGAAUCGCUCAAGUCGCAACAUCAUCCAAAAUCGUAAUCGAGAAAUCAACAGUCCCAUGUCGUACCGCCGAAUCAAUGCGUAAAAUCCUCGAAGCAAACUCCAAAGACGGCAUUCAUUUUGACAUCCUGUCAAACCCUGAAUUCUUGGCCGAAGGAACUGCCAUCGACGACUUGUUCAAGCCUGACCGUGUCUUGAUUGGUGCUUUACAAACUCCCGAAGGAAUCAAGGCUCAAAAGGCUUUGGCUGAUGUUUAUGCUCAUUGGGUACCCAGAGCUAACAUCGUUACUUUGAACUUGUGGAGUUCUGAAUUGACCAAGUUGGCUGCUAACGCUCUCCUUGCCCAACGUAUCUCGUCCAUCAACGCACUAUCAGCCAUCUGUGAAGCUACUGGUGCUGACGUAGACGAAGUCGCUUACGCUGUUGGAUUGGACUCUCGUAUUGGCCCCAAAUUCUUGAAGGCGUCUGUAGGAUUCGGUGGUUCUUGUUUCCAAAAGGAUAUUUUGAAUUUGGUUUACUUGAGUGAAAGCUUGCACUUGCCUGAAGUUGCGGCUUACUGGAAACAGGUCGUCAUCAUGAACGAAUACCAAAAGAACCGAUUCGCCAACAGAAUCGUUAAAGCUCUAUUCAACACCAUUACUCAUAAACGAGUAGCUGUCUUUGGAUUCGCGUUCAAAAAGAACACUGGUGAUACUCGUGAAUCUGCUGCCAUCACGUUGAUCAAGUUCUUUAUGCAAGAAUCUGCUACCGUCAACAUUCAUGAUCCCAAGGUUGAACCUGAGCAAAUCGAAAUGGACUUGACUGAACCAGGAGUUGGUACCACCGCAGAAUUCAAGAAAUUCGUAAACAUAUGCCCCACUGCAUAUGAGGCAGCGGCAAACACUGACGUCAUUGUAAUCCUGACUGAAUGGGACGAGUUCAAGAGUCUCGAUUACAAGAAGAUUUACGACUCUAUGCGUAAACCUGCUUUCCUCUUUGAUGGUCGGUUGAUUAUGGAUGCCAAGGCUCUUCGGUCUAUUGGGUAUGUAUAA